AUGCUUUCAAUCCUCUUAUCUUUUGCAACUUCGAUUGAAUCAAUGAAGUUCGAUUCAUAUUUCAAAACAUAUCACAUAUUAUCCAUUUUUGGUCAGAGUGCUUUUGAUAUUAACUCUGAUUUAUUCCGUUCAAAAAUAUUUAUCAAUCAAUUCCGUGGAAACGAGACAAAAUACAUCCAAUUCGAACCACAACAUCCAGUUUUUGGUAUGUUCCUUCGUAUUGAAACACCAGAACCAAAUAUAUUUUCGGUUAUUGAUAAUGAUAACUCAACAUUGUUUGAAAUUGACUACAAAGAAGUAGACAGCCACUCACUCCUUAUUCGUGGUGCUAAACCAGGCAAUUCUACUUUGACAGGAACAAUAUCUUAUGAUACUCCUUCUUUAUUAACAUUCACAUUCGCCAACACAGAUAAAUCAGUUUUAAUGCGUAUCACACCAGAGAAAGAGCUUACAAAAUUGCAACUUCUUACUAAAUUAACUCCAGCUAUUUGCAUUUUGUUCUUCUACGGCUUUGGCCGUCAAUACAGACGUAGAUUCUGGAGCCAGUUCAACAGAAUGAAUACUGCUACACUCCAGAGACAUAUUAACCAAGCUGGAAAAGCAGAAAAAUAA